UGUCCCUUUAAUUGGAACGUACCAAGUCUUUCCAGGUUCUAGUUCCUUCCUGAGUCCCUGUCUAAGAAUUCACGGCCAGGGACCCCGCUGGAAGCAGUGUGGAGAUAGUGCUGUGUUUUAGGGGAGUUUUGGUCAGCGGGGCCCGGGAGGGACCCCAGGGGGGUGGCGCGCCCCAGGAUGUUCCUCCCCUGCGCCCCGUGGUCCAGUCCAAGAUGGCGGCCACCAUGAAGAAGGCGGCUGCAGAAGAUGUCAAUGUUACUUUCGAAGAUCAGCAAAAAAUAAACAAAUUUGCUCGAAAUACGAGUCGAAUCACAGAGCUAAAGGAGGAAAUAGAAGUGAAGAAGAAACACCUCCAGAAUUUAGAAGACGCUUGCGACGACAUCAUGCUAGCAGAUGACGACUGCUUAAUGAUCCCGUACCAGAUCGGAGACGUUUUCAUUAGCCACUCUCAAGAAGAAACCCAGGAAAUGUUAGAAGAAGCAAAGAAAACUUUGCAAGAAGAGAUUGAUGCCUUAGAAUCCAGAGUGGCGUCCAUCCAGCGGGUAUUAGCCGACUUGAAAGUACAGUUAUACGCAAAAUUUGGCAGCAACAUAAACCUUGAGGCGGAUGAAAGCUAAACAUUUUCUAAUACUUUUUUUUUUUACCUUGUUUAAUAAACUUGAAUAUUGUCUUAAAUAAUAAUUUCCCUCCUUUAAAUGAAACGAAAGGAAAACUUUUUUUUAAAAUUUUCAUUUAAUUAAUGGAAACUUGCCUAUUUUCACAUGUCUUGCUUAUUUAUUUUAUAUUUUUGAAAGAAGACAGUAUUCAUGUAUGUAUUUUGCAUAAUGAUUAUAUCAAUUUUAGGGGCUUUAUGUCAUGUUAUUAAAAUCAGUUAAACAGUC